AUGUAUUUCCUGCCUCUAUUCCCGGCCUUCCUCAUUGUCACCAUUGGCAUAGCACUAUAUGCCAUUGGCUUGGUGGCGCAUAGAUUCUUCUUUGCUCCUCUGACUGGCUUUCCUGGCCCUACGCUUGCAGCCGUAACUGGAUGGUAUGAAUUUUACUAUGACUAUUGGUUCAACGGCCAAUACAUCUUCAAGAUUGAGGAGAUGCACAAGAAGUAUGGUCCAAUAGUUCGAAUCAACCCCGAGGAGCUUUCAAUUCAUGAUCCUGAGUUCUAUAACGAGAUAUAUGUCACCGAAAGCAAGAGGCGCACAAACAACUACGAUGUAUUUUGCAAGGGAAUCGACUUUGAUGGUGAUUCAUACCACCCAUCUGUAUUAAACAUCUCGCUGACGCAUGUGAUCACAGGCUCUCAUUUAUUGACGACCGAUCAUGAUCUACACCGACGGAGAAGAAAACCUUUAGAGCCUUUCUUCUCCCGUAUGGGGAUUUCUCGCCUUCAGCCAAUGUUGGCCGAGGUGGUUAGGAAGCUUGAACAGCGAUUGAUGGAGUACAGAGGAACAGAUCAAGUAAUUCGUCUGGACCAUGCCUUUUCUUCUUUCUCGGGGGAUAUCAUUGGUAAGAUUUGCUGGGAAGAUGAGAAGGAGUUCUUGGAUGAUCCCGAUUUUGCACCGGAAUGGUACAAUGUCAUUCAUACGAUUGUUCGAUCCAUCCCGCUCUUCACAGGAUUUCCAUCGCUCGUGCAAAUGCUUGGAUAUAUCCCGGAAUCUGUUCUCCUUUGGGCUUUUCCCCAAGGCCAAAGUUUUACCAGAUUCAAGACAAUUGCACAUCAGCAUAUUCUCAAAGCCAAACUGGAGAAGUCAUUUACCAAGAGCAAGUCAACAUCAGUAAAUGAACAUGUGUCACUCUUUCGCUUCAUCGUCAACAGCGACAUGCCGGAGUCAGAAUUGUCGGAUGGUCGGCUGGCAAAAGAAGCCCAAGUAGUCCUUGGUGGCGGCACUGCAAGUACAGCUCAUACUCUCGGCUUCGUAUCGUAUUACAUUCUUUCCAACAAGCAUAUACAGACAAGACUUCAGGGUGAGCUCAGAGAGGUCAUGGUGGGCUGGCCUCUUAAAGUUCCGUCUUGGGCAGACUUAGAGCGUGUUCAAUAUCUUCAGACACUUAUAAAGGAGGGAUUGAGACUAAGUUAUGGAGUCAUGCAUCGAUUGCCCCGUGUUUCGCCGGAUCUACCCAUUCAAUACAAGCAAUGGACAAUUCCACCGGGAGCUCCAGUCGGUAUGUCCGCAUACCUAAUGCACUCCGAUAAAAAUGUGUACCCCAAACCAAGCGAAUUCAUUCCAGAACGCUGGCUUGGGGAUGUAAAUCCUGCGAUGUAUAGAAGCUACGUCCCAUUCUGCCGCGGAUCUCGAAAUUGCUUGGGCAUGAACCUGGCACAAGCAGAGAUGAGUCUGGCUAUAGCUGUACUUUUUCGACCAGGUGGACCUAACCUUAAGCUUUACGAUACUACCGAGAGAGAUGUGAAGCAGGUGCAUGACUUUUUAAUACCACUUCCAGAUGUGCGCAGCAAAGGGAUGACAAAUCUCUAUCAUGCGAGUCGCGCCAUCGGCGAACCUGCAGACGUUUCUUAA